AUGAGAGGAGACAAGGUUCAUUACUUUAGUGCUAUGUCCUCGCAGUAUUCUCUGACCGAGUGUGGCCUCCCCAGUGCCGUCCCCCUGCGGGAAGUGGGGAAACCCAGCAGAUCACCAGGGACGCGCCUGACUCGCGAAGGGACGACCGCCGGGCCCGCUCGGGAGCCCGCCCCGCAGCUCCGCGCGCCCCGCCUCGGUGCGCGGCCGCCGGCUGGGUCACAAAGGGCCCCUCGCGUGCGGCCAAACCACAUCCCGCCUCCCAGCCGCUCGCCCCCCAGCGGGCCCGGGCGGGGCUGGGUCCCCGGCGCACGCACAGACCAACCCAGGCGGCCCCCGGGCCAGCGAGGACCGAGCAAAACAACCGGCCCUGGCUCCCAGAGCGUGUCCAGGCCGGAGGACGAGCCCCGGGACAAGGGCUGCGGCCAACGCACGCCUCCCCCGGCUGGGGCUUCUGCAGCCCCCGCGGCCCACGCUGGGACCCGAAGUUGGGCGGGGGGGCUCGGUAUGGGAAGGGGCUGCGCUCGCGUUGGCGAAAGAACGAGAAAGGGAAGAAUCUCCAAGAACAAAACCGGUCCUCGCCCGGGCGCGCGGAAGAGGGAGGCGGCAGCGCCCAGGCGGGUCACGAGCCGGUCCAGCCAAGUUUGCUCCGCGACAGAUAAACUUUCCGAUCCCAGUUUUUCCUGGUUGCAGCCUGGGUUCCCGGUAACAGGAUGGAGACGAGAGAUCCAGACUUCUGAACUUCUACCAGAGGAGAUAAAAUGUGCAAGCCCUGCAGAAUGCUGGGGAGGUUGGACUGAACUGGAGUGAGAGAGAAGAGAGAUGCUGGCUUGAAGGGGUACGUAACAAUGAGAUUGUAAAACCCAGUGUGCACCAACCCCAGGGUUUUUAAUUUCAUUUCCAAGC